AUGAUACAUUACAAGAACAAUUCGGAAGCUUUUGAGGAAUUAUUAGGAUAUGUGAAACAUAAUAUACUAAAUCAGCAGUCGCUUGUUCUUGGUAGUGAUACUGGGAGCGAGAUAAUAAAAGCUGUUGGUAAAAUAUUUCCAGAUUCAAUACAUUUAUAUUGUACACGACAUGUUAGACAGAGUAUUGAAAGAAAACUAAUAAAAACACAAGUUUCGUUAGAAAAUCGUCAGAAAUUAUUGGAACUGAUUUUUGAUCUUCCCGAAUCAAUUAUACAAGCAACAACAGAUGACGAAUUUGAAAGCAGAUUAACUGAACUAGAUGAAUUAUGGGAUGAAAUCACAAGUGGUGGUGAAUUAUCCCAAGACGAUCGGUUUAAUUUUCACGAAUGGUUUGUAGAAUAUCAAGGUGAAAGUUUCCAACAACAUAUGAUAGCAGCUGUUAGAACCAAAGCCGGUUAUGUUAAUCGUGAUGAUACUCCCCGUUUAUUUUAUAACAAUGAUAAUGAAGGAAUAAAUUAUGCCUUAAAGAAUGAGACUAAUUGGGAUUUUCGGCCACUAUCUGAUAUUAUUGAUUUAAUCGAAAAAGUUGUUACCUCUCAAACCAAUGAAACCAUUCGUGCUUUGUACGAAAGUGGUGAAUUUCAACUAAUUUCUCCGUUCACAAGAUUUGUCCAUGAUACCCAUAUUUGGUCAAACAAAUCUGUUAAAGAACGAGCAGAUGUUGUUAAACAAUACUACGCAUUCAGUCCGCCUCAAAGAUAUGUUAGUCCAGAUUUUAAUAUCCCACUAACUGCGGGUAGAAAACCAGGCAAACGCAAUCGACGAGGGACCACUAGAUCUACCAGAACCGCAGCAACAUUAACAGCACGAUCCAAGAAUAGAGGUGCAAAAUCAUCUCGAAAACUAAAAUAA